CCCGGACGCCUUAAAGGCCGUCGGGCACGUUGCCGGGUGCUUGGUUGCCAUGGCGACAGCCGCGCCGCCACCGCCCUGAGGGGCUCCCGCCAAUCCGCGGCGGCAGCAGGGGCGGGACUUCCUGCGGCACCGGCGCGGCGGCAGAUCUCUGCCAGGAGAAUUUAAACACUGAAGGAAGAUGUCUUUUUUCCCGAAAAUAUAUUUCCAUCGUGAAGUUGAAGAGUAUCUCACCAAUGUGUUCAGAAAUAGUGAGCUUAUAACUGCUUUAGGUGCAAAGGAAGCAGAGAGUAAAUAUCAAUCUCUGUUAAGUCAUCUAUCUCAUCCACCAGCUUUCACAACUGUUAGAGUCAAUACCCACUUGGCCUCAGUGAAACACGUGAAAAAAAUGCUGUUUGAAGAGAUCCAGAAGCAAUUUAAAGGAAUAUGUGUUCCAGUUCUUGAGCACCCAGAACUCCAGGACAUCUUAUUAAUUCCUGCCAUUGGACCCAGGCAGGAUUUAAAAAAACAUGAAUCUGAAGUCAUUGUUGGAGCACAGUGUGGGUAUGCAGUACUUCGAGGAGCACAUGUUUAUGUUCCUGGAAUCAUAUCUACCUCAAGAUUUAUGAAAGCUGGAGAUUUGGUCUCAGUGUAUUCAGAUAUUGAAGGGAAAUGUAAAAGAGGAGCCAAAGAAUUUGAAGGAGUCAAGGUUUUCCUUGGAAAUGGGAUUUCAGAACUGAGUCGCAGUGAAAUCUUCAGCUCACGUGGCCCAAUGAAUGGGAUGGGCAUCAGAAUGAUAGAGCCAGUCUACCUCAGUCCGUCCUUUGACAAUGUGCUCCCUAGUCAUUUAUUCUUGUUAAACUUGCCUUCUGUGGUUGUGAGCCAUGUUUUAAACCCUCAACCAGGAGAGAGAAUUUUGGACAUGUGUGCUGCACCUGGAGGAAAAACAACCCAUCUUGCAACAUUAAUGCAUGAUCAGGGUGAAGUAAUAGCAAUGGACAAGAUAGCUAACAAGGUCAAAAAAAUUAAGCAGAAUGCUGAAUUGCUACAGCUGAAUUGUAUUAAGGCAUUUUGCUAUGAUGGAACAAAGGCACUUUCAGUUGAGAAGAGAGAGGAUGAACAAGAAGGACCUCCGUUCUUACCAGAGUCAUUUGAUCGGAUUCUUCUUGAUGCUCCGUGUAGUGGGAUGGGGCAGAGACCAAACAUGUCUUAUUCCUCAACUUUAAAGGAAGUGAUGUCUUAUCAGCCGCUGCAGCGCAAGCUUUUCACGGUGGCAGUGAAAUUGCUGAAGCCAGGAGGUGUUCUAGUGUAUAGUACAUGUACGAUUACACUCUCUGAAAAUGAGGAGCAAGUUGCAUGGGCCCUAGAAACUUUUCCAUAUCUCCAGCUUCAGCGACAGGAACCUCAUAUCGGAGGAGAAGGCAUGAGGGGAGCUGGACUGGCACUUGAUCAGCUGAAGCUGCUUCAGAGAUUUGAUCCAUCCGCUGUGACCGUGCAAGGAAUGGAUAUUAAAGCCUUGCAAGAUUCCCGGGAAGAUGAUUUGAUUUCACUGGCAAAUAAGGACUGUAUAGGUUUUUUUAUUGCAAAGUUUAUUAAAUUGAAUGGUAAAUAAGCAUGCAGCAAUACAACCUGGAAAAAAAAUACCUCAGUAAGGCUGAAGUGUGGCUCUUGGUGCUGCGCCGUUGCCAAGCCAACAGGCUGACGGCAGGGUUGCUGUGGCAGCCAGAAAAGCUGCCAGCUGCUCUGCUGGGAAAGGGCCACGGGCUGGGGGAAGGGCACGGUCAUUUGGGGUCGGUUUGCUUUCCUAUGACAGCAGGUCACUGCUUGAAUGACAAGCACGUUCAAUCGCACUUCGGUCUGUUGGCUCUCGCCAUGCGAACAGCUCGGCUAGUGCAGGAAAUGCAGGAACAGGGUGUUGGUUUUUUUUGGGGGGGACGGGAACUGGGAAGGUAAGGUCCUUUAGAAAAUGCAAUCAUAAAUAGGCGGGAACUAUUACUGUGAAUUUUGGAAAAAGAGCCAUUUCAGUGGAGAUUUGCGGAUAGUUAAUGCUUCGUUAAGUAGUGCUUCAGGAAACACUGUAACAUUUUACAAAUAACUUUUAUAAAUUGAUACUUAGAACCUCAUUUCUCUUUUAUUUUAAUACAAGCAAGAUUCUCUGUACACAUAGUAUAUACACAAAAUACGAUUAGGCUUUGUAGCAUGUCUUUUAUAGCAGCAUGAAUAUAUUAAACCAUCUCACUCUGGGAAUGUAAAUAAAUAUUGUUUCAACAUCAAACUUCCCAUGCAUAAACUGUAUUGGUUCCCAAACAGCCUAUUGGACUGGCUGACAAGUGACAAUUUUAAAAUCAAACAUUUGCAAUAGAAGGGGCUACAGCUGUGAUGAAAAUAUCAAAAGACAGAAAACAAGGCAUAAUAUCAUCUUAAAUGUUGCAAAUCACCUUUCAAACAACUAAGAAUAUUAACUCUUUACUGGUUAGAAAGCAUCAACGGCUAAAAUCAUAUGAAAAUUGAAACUGGGGAAGCAUGCUAAUGAGAACUGACUUAAUACACUGCUCAAAGUUUUAAUAAUCUAAACUUCUUAAAUGUGUUGUAUGUAUUUAAAAAAUUCUGCUUCAGUUACAGAGGUGUUCUCUGUCUGAAUAGUGUUCUCUUUUCUUAGUACUGCUGGAAAUAGCACGAAAAUUGGAGGGAAAAAGUAAGCAUGAUUCAAAAACCUAAACUGACACCUGUGUUUUGUUGUGGACUUUUUUGUUGUUGUUGCUGUUUUCCCACUGAUUUUCAAAGCAUUAUCUGGAAAAAAUAUCUUAUUUUGCACACAUGGUUAUUUGGUUGGAUUAAAGACUGACAUUUCUUUUCUAAUUUGCUUUUUGUACUGUCAGAAGUGCUUUUGCAUUUACUCAAUUUAUAAAACUCUGUCACUAGUCUGGUUGUGUACUUAUAUUUGCUAUAAAUGUUUUGAUAUAUAUAUGUUUUGUACUGUUCUUGAAUAAAUGAAAUGUCUCCUCUUCUGUUCUGCUAAGGCUGCUUAGUACGUACUCUAUAAGGCCUAUCCUGGCAGACUAGGAGGAGGGAAUUCUUGCUUGCUUUUGUAGCUCACUCCUUGCUGUUAACCAUGACAUGCCAAAACAAGAUUUAAAGUCAUCUUGUUUCAUCAGUAGUAGGUAAGAUAACCCAUUUAGAAUUGUAAUCACUUGUACUAUAAAUUACAGUCUUUUUAGUCAAAAUAUGGCUACAAUAACUACUUGGUAACAAAAUGUCUUAGUCCUUUACUGUAAGUACAUGUUGAAAUCUUUAACUUGGUGCUAGUAAAAAAGCAUAUUUUUUUUUCAGAAUAUAUAAACUCUGUAAACAUUAAUCAGCAUACGCAGACUAUAUAUUGAAAUUUGCACAUACCUAUAAAGGGAGGAAUUUUUGCCUCCAGUUUCAGUAGCAGGAUCUGUGCAAUGCUGAAUUCUUUGUGAAAAUUUGAGAAGUUCCCAUAUAUAUUAGUUAUAAACAGUCUUUUCAAGAAGGUGAUCUUACUUGAUUUUUAUAUGAGAAAUUUCUUAGCUCAUCCCCAGCCCCUCAAAAAAAAAUGUAACUGACUUGCAUUUGAUUCCAGUGUAAUUGCAGACCAGACUUAAUGUGAAAAAACACUGCUGAUGUCUGAACUUUUAACUAUUAGAGUUGUUUCUGCAAAAGUCACUGAUAGGCUCGAAAAAACAGUCAGUAUAUUAGAGAGCUAAGCCUCAGCUUUCUCCCCUGGACCUUCUCUCUGCUGGUAAUUCAGGGAGAGGGGAUGACAGAAGAGGAGAGAGAAAGAGAUUUCUCCAUCAGGCAGUUCAGAACAGGAAUUUGAGAUGCUUCAAAUCAUCCCUUGAAGGAGCCAGCCUCAUUUUGACUGUGGUCAAAGCUUGCUAAGUUAGAUGUCUAAAGCUGGAUAGAUGCCCUUUUUGUUUUUCCAGUGUGAUUGUAACUUUAAAAGUACAGGAAUUAUAGUACUUUAUUAUUUUCACAAUCUUAACAUAUGGAGUAUAUGUAUUUUUAAUACCU